UUCUCCCUCUCUAUCCGCUCCAAAAUCUCUUUGGGCGUCCCGUCUGUGCCACGUGGACUGCCAAACACGCCCAUCGCGCCUGAGCCCCCCCUGUCAAGGGCGGAGUGUUGAUCUGGCGGACAACGCCAACGGUCGACCAAGGCUCAACUUUGACCGCAAUACCACCACACAAGAGCCAAUAUGUCUGACGCAGAAUACAAGGAAGCCUUUGCGCUGUUCGAUAAGAAGGGUACGGGAAGGAUCCCGAAGGAGUCCCUCGGAGACCUCCUUCGCGCUCUCGGCCAGAACCCUACUCAGGCAGAGGUGCAGGAGUUGAGCCAGCAGGUUGGCGGUUCGGAUGUCGACUUCCAAUCAUUCCUGAAUAUCCUCCAUCGCCCCAAUGGCUUCAAGCCGGCGGGCACACCAGAGGAAUUCAUCCGCGGCUUCCAAGUAUUUGACAAGGAGGGCAACGGCUUCAUUGGCGUAGGCGAGCUGCGCUACGUCCUCACCUCGCUGGGCGAGAAGCUGAGCGACGAGGAGGUUGACGAGCUGCUCAAGGGCACACAGGUUGGGGCCGACGGCAUGAUCAACUAUGGCCAAUUCGUGCGCCAGAUUCUGGCGGCUUGAGGCAGAGGAGGCAGCGCAUCUGCCCUACUGUAUCACUGCCAGGCCAGCCUUAUCGUCGCCGGUGGUUGAAUGAAUGACGAGUUAAGUUUGCGAAAGGGAGUCCUUUUAAGCUUUGUAUCCUGCUCGCGGUCGUAGA